AUGAACUCCCUAUUUGCAUUGACAUUGCUCAGUAUUGUAGCAGUAGCAUGGACAAAACCAGCUAAUACUUACACUGACAAAUGGGAUAACAUCAACGUUGACGAAAUUUUGGAAUCACAGCGUCUUUUAAGGGGUUAUGCAGAUUGCCUAGUGGAUAAAGGUCGCUGCACUUCUGACGCCAAAGCCCUUAAGGAAACGCUACCCGAUGCUUUAGAACAUGAUUGCUCGAAGUGUACCCCAAAACAAAAAAGUUCUGCUGAUAAAGUUAUCAGACAUUUGGUCAACAAACGUCCUGACCUAUGGAAGGAACUCUCGGCCAAGUACGACCCCAAGAACCUUUACCAGCAAAAAUACAAGAACAGGAUCGAUGCUGUUAAAGGAAAGCCUUAA